UAAAGCACCAAACAACUACCAAUUAAAUGAAAAAUAGUAAAGUAAGGAAAAGAAAAAUAAAAACAUUGUUACAAACAAUCAAAUCCGAGAGGGAAUAUAUAAUAAAAAAAGUACAGAAAAAUCAAAAUGGAAUGUAAGGAGAUUCGAUCAAGAGGAGACAAGGUUAAGAAGGAUCAGAAAACCCAUAACACAUCCACAUUGUAUAACUCAGUCAAAAAGAAAUCAAAAGUACUCGGAAACAAGACCUAAAUUUCCGUACAUCAUUCGGAUCCAGAAACUAGAGUGAGGCAGACAAUUACCUUCAGAUCCCGGCGAAACGGUCGCACUGAACUCGGAGGGGAGUUGGGCGAGUCCAACCCCAGCCCAUGUUUGGAAAGCUCACCCAAGAUAGACAGGAACAACAACCUAUCAUUUCGUCAAACCUAGCCGCCUCUGCUCUUCAUCUCCUUCCUUCCAUCAACCAAUUCUUGCUAAAUCAGGAUCAAGUUCAACACAUUAGCAGAUAUCAAUGGCGGUCACAUUCUACGACCUUGGCUCUGCUGCUGGCCUAAAGAAACUUGAUGAGCACCUAUUAAGUCGCAGUUACAUUUCUGGGUAUCAGGCUUCCAAGGAUGAUAUCACUGUUCAUGCUGCUAUUUCAAAAGCUCAGGACUACGUGAAUGUGUCUCGUUGGUACAACCAUAUCGAGGCUCUUUUGAGGAUCUCUGGUGUGGCUGGUGAUGGUGCCGGUGUCGUUGUGGAGGGAUUUGCUCCCAUCACUGAGGAGGCAGUGGCUACCCCACCAGCAGAUGACUCGAAGGCAUCUGCUGCUGAGGAUGAUGAUGAUGAUAUUGAUUUGUUCGGAGAAGAAACGGAAGAGGAGAAGAAGGCUUCUGAAGAGCGUGCAGCCUCCAUGAAGGCAUCGACAAAAAAGAAAGAGUCUGGAAAGUCAUCAGUUCUGUUGGAUGUGAAGCCAUGGGACGAUGAGACAGACAUGAAAAAGCUUGAAGAGGCAGUCAGAAGUGUCGAGAUGGAGGGUUUAUUUUGGGGAGCAUCCAAACUUGUAGCUGUUGGGUAUGGUAUCAAGAAAUUGCAGAUAAUGCUCACCAUUGUGGAUGAUCUGGUCUCUGUUGACUCGCUCAUUGAGGAACGUCUUACCGUUGAACCAAUUAAUGAGUAUGUCCAGAGUUGUGAUAUUGUGGCCUUCAACAAAAUAUGAUCUAAGUCCGUUGUGAUUUGAUUGCUUGUCAUCGAGGUUGAAGAUCUUUAUUUAUUGUGCCUAUGCUUCCAAUUUUCAUAUUCCUAUUUUGGUGUUUUUUGGAUAUGAUCUAAAGUAUCUUGUCAUAUUCUGGAUCUAUAGUCCUAGUAAUGAGGAUUUGCAUAUGCCUUUGUUAUGAUCUACUUGUUUUCUAAUAACUUCUGUACCAUUGUUAUUUUGGUAUGGUUUAUUUAUAUGUAGUUUAUGAGACGCAUGCCACAA